ACCCCAACUGAAAGRUUUAAAUGUGAAAAUUAAGGAUUUAAAGCUUUAAGAGACACCAAAGGGGAGUAUUUUAGCAUUGUGAUGUGGAAAGGGGAGUUCUCUCCCAUAUUCCCCCCCAAAUUUGGUUAAUGUGUAACCAUCAGAGCACACUUGUACUUUGUCUCCCCAAAUAACAGAUGAAGUUUUCAAAGAUCAUCUGGCUCAAACAGAAAGGUUAAACCCUCAAACGCAUCUGGACUCAAAAGAAUGGAAGUGUCCGAAAUAAAGAUGGCAUUUAUCUUCAUCCUUACCUGUUUGUGCUUCCUCACUCCCACCCAUCAAACACUGCAUCCGAACGUCACCGUCUCAGAUCUCUCCUACAAAAACAUAGAUUUCGCCAUGAACCUAUACAGGAAAAUAGCCAGCUCGAGUGACAAGAACAUCUUUUUCUCACCUCUGAGCAUCUCCACGAGCUUUGCCGCUCUCCUGAUGGCAUCCGAUGGCGUCACGCACGAGGAGAUCCUGAAGGCUCUGAACCUGAAACAGCUGGAGGCGGACGAGCAGCCAGAGCUCAUCCCGAUGCUUUUUCAGCUCCUUCAGGAGAACAUUGCACGGAACGGAUCUCUGAACUUGGAGCAAAGCACGGCCCUCUUCGUACAUCGGCAGUUUGAGGUGCAAAGGACAUUUACGGACAGAAUGAAGACGUUUUUUCACGCUGAUAUCAAAACUGUAGACUUUACAGACACAACAGGGAGCAUCAGAUUCAUAAAUGAAUACAUCAAGCAGAAGACGCAGAACAAAAUACCAGAGAUGGUUUCGACAUUAGAUGAAACRACUCAGCUCUUACUUAUCAACAGCAUUUUUUUCCAGGGGGCCUGGCAAAUGCCUUUCAACUGCAAUCUAACAGAAAAUGCGCCUUUUUACAUCGACAACUACAAUAUUGUGCAAGUGCCCAUGAUGUUUAAAGAGGAGGCCAAGUUUUACACAGCAGAAGACGUUCCCCUGGGAGCCAGAGUGCUUAAGCUGCCGUACCAAGAAGGUGUUUCCAUGCUUGUCCUGCUUCCCAACAAAGGCUUGGACUACACGAUUAUUGACGAGGAGAUCAAUGCUGAGAAGUUCCUCGGCUGGAUCAAAGACCUGCGCAAAACAAAUCUAGAAGUCAACAUGCCAAAAUUCAAGAUGGAACAAAGCUACUCCCUGCACAAUCUUCUCCCAGAUAUGGGCAUGACCAGCCUCUUCAGUAGUUCAGCCAACCUGACAGGGCUGAGUAAGGACAGGGGUCUGACAGUGUCAGAGGUGCUGCACAAAGCUGUGAUUGAUGUUGAUGAGACGGGAACGACUGCGGCAGCUGCWACAACAAUCGGCAUCAUUCCUUAUUCCCUGCCCAGGAUGUUCAUCAUCAACAGACCGUUCUUCUUCUUCAUUUACCACGAGGACACAAACUCCCUGCUGUUCAUGGGCAGAGUGAUUGACCCCACCAAGAGCUAAUCACUUCCACUCUCUGUAUACUGUUUAUCCAAGAUUGUGAGAUUUGUUUUCUUUAACUCUCAGAUUAUUUUUGUUUGUUUUAAUCAGUUUUGUAAAACCUGCUCACAAAUGACCGAUAAUUAAAAAAAAUCCUAAAUAUGAA